UGAAUUGUCGUACUUUUCGUAUAAUCGUCAAAGUGACAAGAUGCAUUUUCUCAAAUAUCUGUCUGCAUAUGUUGUUCUAUUUUGCCACCAGCAUGUGACUGCGGCAGGGAAUGAACCAGCAUGUUCAAAGUUUGACUACGAGGAAAAGCUUUUGGGGAAAAUGAUACGAAUGGAAGUUAAAAUGGAACAAAUGGUUAAUGAAAUUAAGAAAACAAAGGAUGAUGUUUUGGCAAUAACGAACGACGUUACACAGACGGUACAAAAUGCUGAACAUAACAUUCAUGAGUUUCAUCGUAACAUCAACGAAACAAUAAAUAAGUUUGCUGAAAAAUUUGAACAAGAAAAGGCGAAGAUUACUGCAUUAUCAGACAAGUCCUUCAUUCCAAAGAUUGCUUUCAAUGCUCGCCUGUCGUCAGAAGUCAAUUUAGGCGCAAACGUGAAGGUCGUGUUUGAUACCGUAUUAAUGAAUGAAGGUGAAGGUUACGACAAAACUUCUGGAAUAUUCUCAGUAUCACAAGAUGGAGUGUAUUUCUUCUCUGCACAUUUAUGUAACCAAGGUGACAAAGUUGUACAUUACAAGAUAGUUAAGGACGAUGAGGCGAUAGCUGUUAGUACGCUGCACGACCUGGACAAUGUAUACACAUGUAAUUCUGUGAGCACUGUUGCUAUGUUGAAGACAGGUGAACAAGUAUGGGUACAAACAACUGAUGUUUCAUACAUAUUCGCUAGUAGCUACAGAUGGGAUACUUUUUUGGGGAUACUUUUAAAUAGAUAAUGUGUUUAUGGUUACACAGACAUAUGUGCCUGUUCUUUUAAAAUUUAUCAGCCCAGUUCGUAAAAUUUUAAAAUAAACCGUUUGAUAGAUUGAUAUACAUGUAUAUUUUGCCUACAAUGGUCAUAAACGACCUCUCAAUAUUGUAAUGUUCUAUUUAUUAUUUAAAUGAACUAAAUGUGAAACAGAAAACAUCAUAUUCUGCCUAUGUAGGUAAUUUUAAUUUGGAAUUAAAACCAUUAUACACAGUUUAAUAACACUUUAAUAUAAAUAAUUGAUACAAGAAA